CGCGCCUUACAAAUCGAAAUCUCGAGAAGCAAAAAAUUUCGAGAUUCUACGAAAGACAACAACCCUAUUAUAACGAGAUGAAGGUUCUUACGAAGGAACAGGAAGAGGAACACUACCAAGCUGCCCUCAAGGCUGGUGCCAAGGGUGGGUUGGUCUGGACUGGUGUCGCGUUGGCUGGAUGUGCUGUUGCGCAAAGAUAUGUUCCUUCGUUCAAGAACUGGACGUUGCCCCUGAAGGCAUUCAUCGUGACUUCCAUCGGUACCGCCGGUGUCGUUAUCGUUGGAGAGAAGGGCUCCCGCCAAUACGAAAUCUCUCAGUGGGGCGAACUCCCCCCCGAGGACAAGAUCGACUACUCCAACCUCUCUUUCAGCCAAGCAACCCUCCGCUGGGCCAUCGAGAACAAAUACAAAAUCGUGCUCGGAGCUUGGGUCCUCUCCAUGGCCGGCUCCCUCGGUUUCGUCUGGCAAAACCGAUACCUCUCCUCCUCGCAGAAACUCGUGCAAGCUCGUAUGUAUGCUCAGGGUCUCACUCUGGCUGUUUUGUUGGCGAGUGCGUCGAUUGGGGUGAAUGAUUCGUAUGAGGAUAAGGGGCGGGACGUGACGAUCCCUGACCCGGCGAAUCCGGGGAAGACGAUUACGAUUCAUGAGGGGAAGGAGAGUUAUCCGGGGGAGAAUGAUUGGCAGGUUGCGGUUGCGCAGGAGGAGGCGAAGUUGAAGGCUCAGGGGAAGAUGAAUGAGAAGGGCCAAUUGAUUAACAAGGAUGGAUCUGUUAAGCAGUUGUAGACGCCUACUGUACGUGAUCCGCGAGGUGGAGGCUCAAAUGCCGGUGGUAUGGGGCGUG